CAGGGGCGGACUGACAACUCAUGGGGCCCCUGGGCAACAGGGGAUCAUGGGGACCCUGUGUCCUUGCCCAAACUCAAAAAAGCCUAUAAAAAAGGUACCAGGGGCAUCUCAUGGGGCCCACUACUGACCCCGGGCACUCGGGCAGUGCCUGAGUUUCCAAAUGGUCAGUCCGCCCCUGUACGUGACUAUCACAUCUGGAGAAGAAGAGGGACAGGACCUGGGUCAGCUUGCCACAAACCGCUUUCCAAUCCAGGUCCCUUACACAGGUGUGGCGAGAUAUGUGGUUUUGCUCAGAGAACAACAGACUCAAAACGAAUUUUAUUUUAUUUUAUUUUA